UGAUUUCAAGGAGAAUGGUGGUGGGGACUCCUCCUCAAAUGAAUUUCCAGUGAUUAAAGGGUGACUCCAGCAGAAGCCCAAGAUGAUGCCAUGCCACCUGCCAAAAGGAAGAGCAGGACACGAGGGGGAGCCAUGAGGGUGCGCUCGCCUCAGUCGAGGCCUUUCCUGCUCCUUGCUGCCACCCCACUUCCGAGCCAGAGGAAGGUCUCCUUGCAGGUGCUCACCCAGCUCUGGGAGGGGAAGCGGGAGCAGGAGGUUGGAGAGGCGAGCAUGGGGCGGCUCCCCCAGCCAGGAGAGGGCUGUGAGGAGGGAGGUAAUGGCUGCUUUCCGGGGGCCGAGGCAAAGGGAGGCGAGGGACGGGGCCGUGGCCAGCUGAGUGGGGUGCCUCCCACCUCUCCCCACCAUGGGGGGAAGAAGCAUGGCGGCCUCUCGACGGUGGUGGCACCUUGCCCUGAAAAGGCCACGGCAGAGGGGCAGGAGCCACGGCCCCGCUCCACCUUGGCCCGUCUGCCCCUGGGCUCGGCGAGGUGGCCAUGGCUUGGCCCACAGCCUCAUAUUUUUGUGGUUAAAAAAAAAAAACACGGAUUAACCUUAUUACAUAUAAUUUUAUGGGAAUAUUUGAUUAUAUUUUUCUUCUAUCUUUUUUUAGUGUUUUUGUCUCUCUCUUCCCAUCGCCCUCCUCUCUUAUGUUUCACACUCCAUAUUCCCACUCUGUAUUAAGAGCCAACGCAUGUGUGCGAUAGGGGGAAGAGCUGGCGCACACACAGUUGAAGAAAGCUAUUACAAUUUGGCACGUGCACCGGCUCUCUUCUAGGCUCCGAAACUGAAAGAGUUUCAGAGAGUGCCUGGGCCGGGUCAGAGCUUUCAGACUCGUUCAGAGAUUGUUUUCUCAGAACGAGUCCAAAAGCUCUGAGGCGGGCCAGGUAAAUGACCUUGGUGGGCUGUAUCUGGCCCGUGGGCCAUAGUUUGAGGACCCCUGGUGUAGGACCACUUGGUUUGGUAAGUGAAGCUACUUUUUUGCCUGUGUCAGAAUGAAACCAGAUCCAUUGGGCUAUGGCCAUUCUUGAGGAAUGGUGUUGCUAUAGCUUGUGGCUGACUUCCGGAUACUGUUUGAAAGCUUUCUGAAAUGGCUCUUCUAUCAGACCUUGCAACUUGCCUUAGGCCUUCAGACGGCAUUGUAGAACUCCUUGGGUACUAAGCAAACCUGAGUAGCUGUUGCUGCAGUGGCACUUUUUUCUAAGUGGGAGUCAAUAUGUCUAAAUGCCUGUUUGACCUGAACAACCCACUUUUAACUUCUCAGUUAACUUCUCAGCUGAAGAAUACUGCUGAUGACUUCUGGCUUUUUUCAGAACAGGAGCAGUUGAAUGUUGCGGGUGGAUGCUUAGGGUUGGAUGCUGGAUUCUGUGCUUGAGAUGCUGGGAUUUAGAGGGUGAGCACUUGAGUGAUCUCUAUAGCUCCUUGCCUGUCAAAUGAGGCAAGCUUGCAUUAUUUGCAAAAUGUGCACACAACACAAUUUAAUUGCUUGACAGAGAAUGUUCAGGCAGACAUACUCAUGCUCACUUGCAGUUUCCUAGAUGGUGAACCUUUGAUGAAAAACAAACAAACCUGCAGCUGCUUGCUUUACCCAGUGUAGCUGGAGAGACCUAGAGCGGAAAGAGCAGCAGCAGUUCUCAAAAAGCAGUUUCAAACCUGUUUUCUUUAAAAAAAAGAGCAAAGGCCUGCUGAUUUAUAGCCAGACACACUUUCAAAAAGUUGGUUUGGGGGCUCUACCUAAUUAUAAGCACUAUUCCCUCUCCCCUCAACUUUUCCUUUGGCCUGUGUUGGGUUGGAAAGUUCUCUCUGUCUCAGGUUGAAAUGUUCUGGGCACUGUGAAUGGAGUUUGAAAUAAACAAGUUGUUGGGGCCACUCAAGUGGCAGGAAAGAAUGUAGGUUUCUUUCAGUGAAUGUGUCUGGCUCUUUGUUUCCCAAUGGGAAGGGAGGGUUUGGAGGGGAAGAACGCUGAGCACGAGGUGAAGAGUAGCUCUUGUAAAGCACAAGAAACAUCUGAUGUGAUGUUUGAAAAAGUUGUUGGGGGGAUACUGGUUUAGCUGCAGGAAAGUAACACAUUUGCAAUAUCUAAUUUUUGGCAAACAACUUUGUACAAGGGAAUGGAGGUUGAAAGGCACAAAGUAGGGUCCAUGUGCAAAUAGCUGAAAUGUUCUGCAAUGCAGACCUCUGCCCAUUUCCAGAAUACUGCUCUUGUUUCUGGUUCUCUGCAGAGCCAGAGUGGUCUAGCUCAUCUGGUGUGUACCCUCUGCUUGCAAUUUUGCAUACACUUCGUUGGUCAUCUGUCCACAUAAUGGCUUCUCUGGUCAUCAGCAACUGUUCAGAAAAGUGGAGAUUGUGCCUGUCAGUUUGGAUACUGCUCUGUUGAAACCUCCUGUGUGCGCCGUGUGUAGGGCUGACUUGUUAAAAUGGGUGCUCUUGUUGCCCAGAGAAACUUGGCUGGGAGCUGAAUUCUCAGUUGGAUGGCAGGGCUCUGACCCCUUCGAGCAAAGUAUGAUUAAUGGCAGGUGUCCUGCAAGCCACAGUCCAGGCCCAACUUAUUCAUUUCUUCUUAUUGUUUGGAGUAUCUGUAUAUCUGUGUUUGGGAGGUGAGGCAUUUGCAUGCAUACACACACAUCAGCUGUCUUUUGACUGCCUCUUCUCAAAUUGGCUAAGUACUUGAGAUUAAUGCUUAGAAGCAGCAGCUUCCUCUCCCCUCCUGCCAUCUGCUCUUUUCUGUAUGAGGCAUAUCAUCUGCCAAUGCCUGGAUUUUCUUUUCUAGAUUUGACCCCAGCUUCAUAGCUUUAACCUUAUGGGGGACUGCAGUGUGAUCCAAUUGCAGGGGCUGAUGUUAGAACUUGACUAAAGGAAGAUCCAACAGAACAAUUCUUUUUAUGAGAAAGAAUGCAGAGUUUUUAAUGUAAGAGGGUGAAUAGACUAGAUAUGGUCUCUAGACAUAAUCAAUUGCACUAGUCAAGCCACAGGAUUAGAAAGAACUUUGAGAUCAUCUAGUCCAGGGAUGGAUAGCUUCUUUCUGAUUGAGGGCUAAAUUCAGGUUCCAAGAAACUCUCAGGUACGAGUAGGGCCAAAAGUACAAAAUAAUCCAGUUUAUUGUAGUUUAAAGCUCUGACUGUUAGUAACUCAGCAUUGUGGCCUUUUGGAAUGAGGGAAAAUGUGCAAAAGCUGGGGAACCACCAAAGUAUUGGGGGCAGGGAAGCUGUGGCAGGAGGCCUGGAGGGACCGAUCCAACCCCUGGAUCCAUGGUUCUCCACUCUUAAUCUAGUUGGGCCUCUGCUUAUGCUAGGCUUCUCCUUAGACUUAGUGAAGGUAAUAGUCCUGUGUUACUAAACCAAUAUUACUAGUCUUAAGCAGCAGCUAUAAAAAUGUGCGAGAAUUACCUGCUCUGCUCAAGAAAUAAGUUGCUGAAAUGUUCCAUACUGGCAAGAAACCUUGAGAAUCUGUAAGCAAGUGAAUGGGCAUGGAUUGUGAGCAGCAGUGGUGAUAUGAAGUACCACUUUCCAAUUGAUCACUUAAGGCUUUCCUAGAAAGUUGCAGUGAGAAUUAAGUCAAGGGUCCUUGAUUUAAAUGUACCUUUGCUUCCUUGGGAUACAAAAGUUAGUUGGUCAGCUGAUGACUGAGUGAAUUUUUAAAGCUCUGCUUUACUAAUAAGAAUAGUCUUUAAGUGUCCUUCAUCUGAGGAAACACUGCCCUGGACUUCCAGGUGCUGCACAGAAGUAACCAAGGAGAUGUACCUGCUGAGAGUAAGACACUGAUGUGUGCUUUGUCAUGGCUAUACCAAUUUGUUCUCUUUGGCAGGUAGCAACUAAAUGUGUAGGGUCUUGAGCUCAUAUAUGUAACUUGAUGUCAUGUCAAAGGGCCCUUUGCUUUGCUUUGCUUUGCUUUGCCUUUUUUUUAAAUUGGCUUACCAUACUUGAUCCUGAGAAUAGAUGAGAGCUGGCUGCUGAUGGAAGAAGCCCCACGGUUCAAACUGAAGAGAAAGACACUCAACUGCUUGAAAUAUGGCUAGUAGGUUGGGGAAUGCAUGUCAGGUGUAGAGGUGGCUGCCCUCUUGCCCAUUAGCAGCUCCCUGGAGAAUGCUCUGGCUGAGUGCACAGAGGCACUGAACUGCUUCCUGUGUAACCAGUUCAGUGAGAGCCUGGAGAUGCUGCAGCCUAGGGCCAGAGAAAGCAUGUACCAUGCUUUAAUCUAUGCCACCAUUCUGGAGAUGCAAGCCAUGAUGACCUUUGAGCAUGAGGACAUUAUCCAGGCUGGGCACACCAUGAAAAAUGCACAGGAGAUCUGCCAAAGGUUUCGGAAGAAAAGCACUGUGGCUGGCUCCUUCUCCAGUCGACUAGGUGGAGACACCUGUACUGAGGAAGAGCUGCAUGCUGAAGUGUGUUAUGCAGAAUGCUUGUUACACCGGGCAGCCCUCACCUUUCUUCAGGAUGAAAAAAUGGUGAAUUUCAUAAAAGGAGGGAUCAAGGUGCGUAGCAGCUACCUCAUCUACAGAGAGCUCAACAGUUUCAUUCAACCCAGUCAGUUGCCAGGAAACUCUACUCGUGUCCAUCUUGAAGGGGGAAUUGCACUGGGCAUUGGUGCCUUCAAUCUGACACUCUCCCUCUUUCCAGCCCGGAUCCUGAAACUUCUGGAAUUUGCAGGGUUUUCAGGGGACAAGGAUUAUGGCCUGCGACAGCUGCAUCAGGGAGCCACCACCCCCAACCUGCGGGCGUUGCUUUGCACGAUGCUGCUGCUGUGCUACUACACCUUCCUUACCUUCAUCUUAGGGAUUGGUGAAGACGAUUUUACAGAGGCUGAGUCCCUGCUGAGUCCAUACCUCGCCCGCUACCCUCAGAGUGUCAUUUUCUUGUUCUUUGCCGGGAGGAUAGAGGAGAUCAAAGGGAACAUCAAUGAGGCCAUCAAGCGGUUUGAGGAAGGCUGCUCAGCUCAGCAGGCCUGGAAGCAAUUUCACCACAUGUGCUACUGGGAGCUGAUGUGGUGCUUUGCCUACAAAGGAAUGUGGAAGAUGGCCUACUUCUAUGCAGAUCUACUGAGCAAGGAGAACCACUGGUCCAAGGCAAUGUAUGUCUACAUGAAAGCUGCCUUCCUUAGCAUGCUGCCCCCAGAGGAGCCACGGCCUUUUGGGGAGGAAGAGGUCGAGCUCUUUAGGCAGGUUUCUUCUUUCAAGCAGAAGAUUGCUGGAAAAUCUCCACCUACAGAGAAAUUUGCCAUCCGCAAAGCGAGGCGCUACAAAGCCAGUGAGCAUGUGCCCUUGCCUGUGCCAGCCCUGGAGAUGAUGUAUAUGUGGAAUGGAUUUACAGUUCUGGGCAAGCGACAGGAACUGCUAGAAGGAACUCUAGACACCCUGUUAAGGGCUGAGAAACAACUAGAAGAGGCACCAGCCAGUGAGUACCAGGUAGAUGACCAGUGUCUGGUGCUACUCCUCAAAGGCCUUGUCCUCAAGCACUUGCAUAGUUCAACGGAAGCUGAGGCCUGCUUUAGUGCUGUCCAAAACAGUGAAAAGAAGAUCCGCUAUGAUCACUACUUGGUACCCAACGCAAUGUUGGAGUUGAGCCUGCUGUAUGUGGCACAAGGGCGGAGUGAAGAGGCUGUGCAGCUACUUCGUAAGGCCAAGAAUAACUUCAAGAACUACUCAAUGGAGUCACGAACCCUGUUCCGGAUCCAUGCUGUACUGUCCAAACUCAAGGCCAGCCAGGAAGAAAAUGGUGCAGAUGGAGCUAGCCCUUCCUAGGGAAUAAAGCAAUCUCUGCCUUCUGCUUUGAAAGAAGGGGGUGGACUGUUGUCUUAGGAGCACGUGGACCAAAGAGAGAACCUGCCAAAAUACAAGGGCUUGGGCUGCUACCUCCCUCCUUGGGUGGGUCCAUUGGAGGAGUUUCUGGCCACCCGUCAUUCUAGUUGGUUAUCUGAUGUUUGGCACAUGGUGUGCAGGAAUAGAAGUGCUUCUACCCAUCUAGAUUUCUGUUCCUAAGACCAACCUUGGAAAUACUGCUUGCUAAUCAGUGAAGCUAAAAGGAGCAGUCCAUCUGCAUAAAUCUCCUCUCUCAGAAACAUA